GAACAGAAGCUGAAGGAAGCCAAUGCGGUACAGCAGCAGAAGGCAUCCCCAGUUGCUGCUGCCUCUAGCAACCCAUUUGCUGAUUCAUCCCCUGUCAGCUCCUCCCAGACCACCAAUUUGUUUGGCUCACCCACAGAGCCCUCGAUGCCAGUACUCAGUGCCAGCAGUAAACCCAGCGAUGACCUGCUCAGUCUCACAGGCAACCCUUUCAUGGACAGUGUGCAGAAUGUCAUGACCUCCGCAUAUCCUCAGGCUAGCAAUAACCCAUUUGGUGCACCCGUGUUUCAGACCAACGGUUUUACUGCAACAACUACAACAGGGAAUGCCUUCUCAUCAGAUGCUGACUUUGCCAUGGCUUUCAAUAACGGAGUGACGGGCACACAAGGGUUGUUUUCUUCACCUGCAGGCACUUCAGGCAAGGCUCCACCAGCUGGAUUGGAUCUCUACCCUCUGGACCUGCUAGAGAGCUCUGGGGGACCGGCAGUAUCUCCUAGCCCUGGACUGUCCACUGACUUUGCUGGUUUGGCCCCUCAGCCUUCUCCUGUCCCAACUCCACAUUCGCUUGGAGGCUCCUUGUCAGGUCUAGAGGGCACAGACCCCAUGCGUGCGUCUCCAGUUCCGUCACCUGUUGGGGGUUUUGCUGCUCCUCUUGGUGGCCGCCCACUGCAGGGUUUUGAUGCUGGGUCUUUUGGGGGUUCUGGCUUUGGGACUGGAAUGCCUGGGGGGUUGGUAGGCUCAUCUGCUCCACAGGGGGCAUUUUAUGGUCAGCCUUCGGUACCUGCAAACAUGAUGGGCCAGGGGAUGAUGCAGACUCACGGAUAUUACCAAAAUUUGGGUCACUCCAUGCCUGUGAACAUUUCGGGCCCAAUUGGACCUCGGUCUGUUGGAGUUGCUGUCCCUGGAAGCCCUAAUCUGGGCAUGGGUGGAUCACCUGUGAGGAUCAUGACCCGGGGAGGAAAGUCACCAGCUGCCUCACUGUCAUCCUCCCCUUCUGGCCCAGGAUUAGAAGAUGCAGUCCGAGCGCUGGGUCUGACAAUGUCUCCCUCAAGGGGAGGGGCAGACAAAACUGGGACAAAACCAGCAUCUCGACCUCUUUCCCCUGGACAGCAGUUUGCAGGUAUGUCCACUUCCCAGGCCUCCGGAGCUAUAGUGGAUACUUCCUUUGGUGGAGACAUGAUUGGGUUCGGGGGUCACAGCACAGGUCAGGGCGUCCAGGAACAGGAAUCUGCCAGCUUGGGCUCAGGAUUUGAUGCUUUUGGUGAUGUUCUGCAACCCGUAAACAAGCCCAGUGCAUCACCAUCUCACACAUCACAGAUCCAGCAGACGCAAGCCAUCGGGAAGGACCUGGACACGUCGCUGGCAUCAUUAGCCUCAAACCUCAGCGUCCGUGGAGCUGUUAAAAAGGACCAUCAGUGGCAGCCCAAGGGAGAGAGUAAACUUACAGGGGGCAAUGCAUUCCAGAGACAGCCCAUGGCACCAUCCACCACCACAGCCUGGGGAGGACAGCCAGGCUUCCAGCAGCCUUCUGGCAUGAUGGGGGCCCCAAUGAUGUACAACCAGCCAGUAGCAGCCCCUAUGGGACAGCCAAUGAUGGGCAUGGGCCAGCCUAUGGGCAUGGGGAUGGGCAUGCAUCCAGGCAUGAGUAUGCAGGCACCAGGCAUGUAUGGUGCCCAGAGGAUGCCCAUGAUGGGAGGAUUCCAGCAGCCACGCCUGCCACAACAGCAGCCUGGGCAGUCUAGCAAUGUCAAUGAUCCGUUUGGAGCGUUGUGA